AUGGCGUCCACCGACCCGUCAGCCACCGCCGCUGCGGCUCGCCUCUCGACCAGUUCCUAUGCUACGGCCGUUUCUAAAAUCCCCGGACGGUCCAGCAUUCCCGAGGAGGCCACUUUGAAUCCGCACCACCUCGUUAAGGCCGGCAGAGUGACUGGCUUUAAGAAUCCGUAUCCGUCGUGGUCCAAUCCGGCAACUGUCUUCUCUCUUUUGAAAAAUGUCGUUUGGCCAACGAUGACGGGCCAACUCAGACGACCAGACACAUCACCACCCACAGUGCCCGUUCAAGAACCCGAAUGGCUCCCCAGCCGCGCGGCAUCGGACAAGCUGCGCGCAACGUGGCUCGGUCAUGCCUGCUACUACGUCGAAUUCCCCUCUGGCUUGCGCGUCCUCUUUGACCCCGUCUUCGAGGAUCGCUGCUCGCCAUUCAGCUUCAUGGGACCCAAGCGAUAUACCCAACGACCCUGCGACCUCAAAGACAUCCCCGUCAUUGAUGCCGUCCUCAUCAGCCACAGCCACUACGACCACCUCUCGCACGCCUCGGUCCUCGAAAUCCAGAAACACCACCCCGACGUCCAGUUCUUCGUCGGCCUCGGCCUGGAGACGUGGUUCCGCAAGUCAGGCCUCAAAAACGUCACCGAGCUCGACUGGUGGGAAGAUGCCGACCUCAACGUCAAGAUCAAGACGGGCGAGAAGGAAGAAACCGUCUCGGCGAGGAUCUCGGCCCUGCCCUGCCAGCACAGCUCGGCGCGGUCUAUCUGGGACAAGGACAAGACGCUGUGGUGCUCAUGGGCCGUCAAGUCCGCCGACAAGUCAGUCUGGUUCGGAGGCGACACGGGAUACCGUGCUGUCCCGGCCCUUCCCGUGGGCACAGAUGACUACGGCCCCGAGUAUGAGGCGCUGCCGCGGUGCCCGCAGUUCAAACAGAUUGGCGAGCUGCGCGGGCCGUUCGACCUGGGCUUGAUCCCCAUCGGCGCCUACUAUCCGCGCGUGGCAUUUUCGGCGAUGCACGCCAAUCCCUUUGAUUCUGUCGAAAUUUUUGUCGAUACCAGGUGCGAGAGGGCCAUGGGUAUCCACUGGGGGACGUGGGCGUUGACCAUGGAGGAGGCUCUGGAGCCGCCUCAACUAUUGAAGAAGGCGCUCAGGAGGAAAGGGCUCGAGGAGACGGGCGUUUUUGACGUUUGUAACAUUGGCGAGAGCAGGGAGUCCCCCCCCAUUUUAUCCCUCCCUGCCGCCCUCUCUCUGUGUUGA